UCUAUAGACAAGAGAGAAUGGGUAAGAGAAUAGGAAUUGUUGGGUUCAGUCUUUAUCUAUGCAUCACCUUCGCACUCGGUGAAUACUACUCAAAAACUCGUCCAUUCACACCAAAACAAGAAGUGGUCACCAAACUCCAUUUCUUCUUUCAUGACACUCUCACAUCCCCAAACGCAUCAGCUGUCCUCAUUGCCAAACCCACUCUCACCGGAGGAGACAACAGCUCUUCUCCGUCACCCUUCGGCUCUCUUUUCGCCGUUGAUGACCCUCUUACCGUAGGACCGGACCCGAAAUCUGAGAAGAUAGGGAACGCUAGAGGAAUGUACGUUUCCUCUGGAAAACAUGCUCCCACGUUAACCAUGUACAUCGACUUCGGAUUCACCUCCGGCAAGUUCAACGGCAGUUCCUUCUCCGUGUUUUCGAGGAAUACCAUAAUGGAGAAAGAGAGGGAGGCAGCCGUUGUGGGAGGUCGAGGAAGGUUUAGGAUGGCUAGAGGAGCGGCUCUACUCAAUACAUACUCAGUUAACUUGACCAAUGGUGAUGCUAUCGUUGAGUACCAUGUCACUCUCUAUCAUUAUUAACAACAUUACGGUCCGUAAAUUACGGAUAACUAUGUUGCUAUAAGUAUCGUUCAGUUUAUUUCAAAGACUUUGAAGUAUCGUUCAGUUUAUAUCAAAGACUUUGAAGUUGUAGAUUUUCUAGACCUUGAAUGGUUGUAGAUUUUGAAGUUGUUUUUAGUUUUAGAUUUUCUAAAAAUCUACUUUACAGCCAAUAAAGAUUAUGAGAAAAAAAUAGGGAAUAUCUAGAUUUUGAUGGUUUUAA